CCUUUUUAUACCAAACAUCAAGCUGUAUCCAAAUUUCCAUAGUAAGUCACCAAUGGUUUCUCCAACCUCACUACCUUCUUCAACUCUCGUGCUAGUUUUUGUCCUUUUUGCAGCAGCGGGAGUAGACUUCUCAUUCUCCACCUCCAUUCCACCAACCAAGAUUGGCAAUGGCUACCGUCUGAUCUCCAUCGAGAACACCCCUGAUGGUGGCAUUCUGGGUCUUCUCCAAGUCAUCCAGAAGAACCAAAUCUACGGUCCUGAUAUCCCUCAAUUGCAGCUCUUUGUCAAGCACGAGGCUCAGGACCGAUUAAGGGUACAUAUCACUGACGCAGAGAAGCAGAGAUGGGAGGUUCCUUACGAUCUGUUGCCCAGAGAGCAACCUCCAAAGCUGAAGCAAACCAUUGGGAAGUCUAGAAAGAGUUCGAUCACUGCGUCAGAGUAUUCCGGCCCAGAGCUCAUCUUCAGCUACACCAAGGACCCAUUUGGAUUCGCAGUGAAGAGGAAAUCAAAUGGGCAAACCCUCUUCGACUCAAGCUCUGAUGCAUCCGACCCAUUUGGCAACUUGGUGUUUAAGGACCAAUACCUCGAGAUUUCCACCAAGUUACCCAAAGACGCCUCGCUUUACGGCCUGGGAGAGAACUCUCAGCCCCACGGCAUCAAGCUGUAUCCAAAUGAUCCGUAUACUUUGUACACCACCGAUGUAUCGGCCAUCAAUCUUAACACUGAUCUAUAUGGGUCGCACCCGGUGUACAUGGAUCUCAGGAACGAUGGAGGAAGGCCAUAUGCACACGCGGUUCUGUUGUUGAACAGCAAUGGGAUGGAUGUGUUUUACAGGGGGACAUCUUUGACGUACAAGGUUAUUGGGGGUGUCUUCGAUUUUUACUUCUUUGCUGGGCCUACUCCUUUGAGUGUGGUUGAUCAGUACACUUCCUUCGUUGGCAGACCAGCUCCAAUGCCUUACUGGUCUCUUGGGUUCCACCAAUGCAGAUGGGGUUACCAUAAUUUAUCUGUACUUGAAGAUGUUGUUGAGAACUACAAAAAGGCCAGAAUCCCACUGGAUGUGAUUUGGAAUGAUGAUGAUCACAUGGAUGGAAAAAAGGACUUCACCCUCAAUCCCACCAACUACCCUCGUCCAAAGCUUUUGGCAUUCCUAGACAAAAUACAUAGCAUAGGUAUGAAGUACAUUGUCAUUAAUGAUCCAGGAAUUGCUGUUAAUUCCAGUUAUGGCGUUUAUCAAAGGGCCAUCGCCAAUGAUGUUUUCAUCAAGUAUGAGGGUGAACCCUUCUUAGCUCAAGUUUGGCCGGGGGCUGUAAACUUCCCAGACUUCCUUAAUCCAAAAACUGUUUCAUGGUGGGGUGAUGAAAUCCACCGCUUUCAUGAACUUGUUCCCAUUGAUGGUCUAUGGAUUGACAUGAAUGAAGUUUCGAAUUUCUGUUCUGGAAAGUGCAAAAUCCCUGAGGGCAAGCAGUGCCCAUCUGGUACAGGACCUGGUUGGAUAUGCUGCUUGGACUGCAAGAACAUUACAAAGACAAGAUGGGAUGAUCCUCCUUACAAAAUAAAUGCAUCAGGUUUGCAGGUGCCUAUAGGGUUUAAAACCAUAGCCACUAGUGCAACUCACUACAAUGGCAUUUUGGAAUACGAUGCUCACAGUCUCUAUGGUUUCUCUCAAGCGGUUGCAACUCACAAAGCCCUCCAAGGACUUGAGGGCAAGCGGCCAUUCAUAUUAUCUCGUUCAACUUAUGUUGGGUCGGGUAAAUACGCCGCCCAUUGGACGGGUGAUAACAAGGGAACUUGGGAAGAUUUGCGGUAUUCAAUUUCCACUGUACUCAAUUUUGGUAUAUUUGGGGUGCCAAUGGUUGGUUCAGAUAUAUGUGGGUUCUAUCCAGCUCCUACUGAAGAGCUUUGCAACCGCUGGAUUGAAGUUGGUGCUUUCUACCCAUUCUCAAGGGAUCAUGCAAACUACUAUUCCCCACGUCAGGAGCUUUAUCAAUGGGAGUCAGUCGCCAAGUCUGCUCGAAAUGCACUGGGUAUGAGGUAUAAGCUCCUGCCAUAUCUAUAUACCUUGAACUACGAGGCUCAUAUUAGUGGAGCGCCAAUAGCCAGGCCACUUUUCUUCUCAUUCCCAAGUUACACCGAGUGUUAUGGGUUGAGCACCCAGUUCUUGCUGGGGAGCGGUCUCAUGGUAUCACCAGUUCUUGAGCAAGGGAAGUCAGAGGUCAAAGCACUGUUCCCCCCAGGUAGUUGGUACAGUUUGUUUAAUAUGACACAAAUCAUUGCAUCGAAAGAAGGGCGCUAUGUUACACUAGAUGCACCUUUGAACGUAGUUAAUGUGCAUUUGUAUCAGAAUACCAUCCUACCAAUGCAGCAGGGUGGCCUAAUUUCAAAGGAAGCUAGAAUGACACCUUUUAGCCUGGUCGUUACCUUCCCAGCAGGAACUACUGAAGGAGAAGCCAAAGGAAACCUUUUCCUUGAUGAGGAUGAGCUUCCAGAUAUGAAACUUGGAAACGGGUAUUCCACCUAUAUUGAUUUCUAUGGAACAAUUACAAAGGGAAAUGCGAAGGUGUGGUCAGAAGUCCAGGAGAGCACGUUUGCUUUGGGUAGGGGUUGGCAUAUAGAGAAGAUUUCAGUGCUGGGAUUGGAUGGAAGUGGAGAGGCAUCUUCACUUGAGAUAGAUGGAAACGCUGUGACGGGUGAUUCAAACAUAAAGAUGAACAUAACAGAGCAGAAGUUCCUGGAGGAGCUAGACGAUGGAGAGGAUAAGAAGAAGAUUGUGAUGAUAGAGAUUAAAGGCUUGACAGUUUCCGUAGGCAAGAACUUUGCCAUUUCCUGGAAAAUGGGGAACAAAAUUUGAGGAUUAGAUGAUUUCUUUUCCCAUUUCCAUACGAGUAACUCAAUUGCAGCUGCCCUUCUUCUC